UUCUUGCCUGACCACCGCAAAGCUAUUGCUUAACGUUGGCGACGAAGUUAUCGCAUAAAAUGUCGAGUGAAAUGGACGGUUUUGAUUCACCGAUUGACCCGGAUUGAGUGUCCGAAACCCUAAGAUGGAGUCGGUUGCGGAUAGAAUAUAUACUCCCGAACUUCGUUUCCGCCACGACGUUUGAGAAUUCGGGCACGAGUUACGUCUGCCUGAGUGAGGAGAGAGGAAAGGGAAAUCGGACGAUUGAUUGAGAUAAGUGGGCAAAGGAGAGAGAGAAGGAAUAGAGAUUAAGAGGUGGAGAAGCUUGUGGGAGAGAGAUUGGGACUGUGGAUUCGAAGGUUUAUGCUUCUUGUCAACUGGCUGUUGUUGGACAUUUCUCGAUGACCUGCUUCAUGUGGCUUUUGCCUUUUAUUUCUGUUUAGAUUUUGGCUUCCGUUGUCAUUGUGUAUCUUGGGAAACUUUUGUUAAGAUAUAUCUUGCUGUAUAUAUGUAUACAAUGCAACCACCAGUGGUAAAAGCAUGUAUUUCACCUCCCAACCUUGUUCUAUGAUACUAUUUUUCAUGUGAAACAAGUAAAUAUUAGGUUUGCACUUUGCACUCUGUGUUACUGACUCUGUGACAGCAAUAUAUGGGCGAUUUGUAGAUGUAAAUUCCAUUUCUUUGGAGCCAAGAAUCAACUGACGUGAUUAAUCCCCAAGUGUCCCACAAUUGAAUAUUUGGCAACUUUUGCUUAUAAAUGGAGGGCUUAGCACAACUGGAAGCCUUGUGUGAAAGGCUUUAUAAUUCUCAGGACUCAGCUGAACGAGCGCAUGCAGAAACCACUUUGAAAUGUUUUUCUAUGAACGCUGAAUACAUUUCGCAGUGCCAAUACAUACUGGACAAUGCACUUACUCCUUAUGCUUUGAUGUUGGCUAGUUCAAGCCUUUUGAAGCAAGUAACAGAACACAGUCUUUCUUUGCAGCUGCGACUUGAUAUCCGGAAUUACGUGAUAAGCUAUCUUGCGACCAGAGGACCUGAAUUGCAGAAUUUUGUAACUGGAUCUCUGAUUCAACUUUUAUGUCGAAUUACAAAAUUUGGUUGGUUUGAUGAUGACAGAUUCCGAGAGGUUGUGAAAGAUGCUACAGGUUUCUUGAGUCAGGCAACGUCUGAACAUUACUCCAUUGGUUUGAAGAUACUGAAUCAGCUUGUAUCUGAGAUGAAUCAGCCAAAUACUGGAUUGCCGCUCAGUCAUCAUCGAAGGGUUGCAUCAAGCUUUAGAGAUCAGUCACUUUACCAGAUAUUCCAAAUAUCUCUGACAUCAUUAAGUCAGCUAAAAAGUGAUGGAAAUAUGCAAGUCUCAAGUAUGUUGAAGCAACUUACACUAUCCCUUGCACUGCGGUGUUUGUCAUUUGAUUUUGUUGGAACUUCCCUUGAUGAGAGUUCUGAAGAGUUUGGAACGGUCCAGAUUCCUUCUUCCUGGAAGUCUGUUUUAGAAGAUUCUUCAACCCUUCAAAUUUUUUUCGAUUACUAUGGAACCACUGAACCUCCUCUCUCAAAUGAGGCUUUGGAAUGUUUAGUUCGGCUUGCUUCUGUCAGACGGUCAUUAUUUCCAGAUGAUUCUGCUCGCUCAAAAUUCCUGGCUCAUCUGAUGGCAGGAACCAAAGAAAUACUUCAAAUUGGCCAAGGCCUUGCUGAUCAUCAUAACUAUCAUGAGUUCUGCCGACUUCUUGGCCGCUUUAAGGUGAAUUAUCAGCUGUCAGAGCUUUUGAAUGUGGAAAUCUAUAGUGAAUGGAUACGCUUGGUUGCAGAUUUUACUACUAAAUCAUUGCAAUCUUGGCAGUGGGCCAGCAAUAGUGUAUAUUAUCUCCUGGGACUUUGGUCAAGAUUGGUGACAUCUGUGCCUUAUCUGAAGGGUGACUCACCAAGUCUCCUUGAUGAAACUGUUCCUAAAAUUACCGAAGGUUUCAUCACCUCUAGGUUCAACUCUAUCCAGGCUGGUUUCCCUGAUGAUCUAUCUGAGAAUCCAUUGGAUAAUGUUGAGCUUCUUCAAGACCAGCUUGAGUGUUUUCCAUACCUUUGUAGAUUCCAGUAUGAAAGCAGUAGUCUAUACAUUCUAAAGAUCAUGGAGCCUAUCCUCCAGGCCUACACGGAUAGGGCAAGAUCAACUGUAUCCGUUGAUGUCAAUGAGCUGGCUAUAAUUGAAGGACAACUUGCGUGGCUUGUUCACAUUAUUGCUGCUAUUCUUAAAAUUAGGCAAACCACUGGUUGUAGUAUGGAAUCACAGGAACUUAUAGAUGCUGAACUUGCAGCUCGUGUUUUGCAGUUGAUUAAUGUUGUAGACAGUGGCUUGCACGCCCAGAGAUAUGGGGAAAUAAGCAAGCAAAGACUUGAUCGAGCCAUUAUAACUUUUUUUCAGAACUUUCGUAAAUCUUAUGUUGGUGAUCAAGCCAUGCAUUCAUCAAAGCAGUUAUACUCGAGGCUGUCAGAGCUUCUUGGUUUACACGAUCAUUUAGUUCUACUGAAUGCCAUUGUUGGAAAAAUUGUUACCAAUCUCAAGUGUUACACAGAGAGUGAGGAUGUUAUUGAACAUACGUUGACCCUUUUCUUUGAGCUUGCAUCCGGAUAUAUGACUGGGAAAUUGCUGCUUAAGUUUGAUACUGUUAAAUUUAUCAUUGGGAAUCACACGAGGGAAAACUUCCCCUUUUUGGAGGAAUUUAGAUGCUCGCGGUGUAGAACAACCUUCUAUUACACUAUUGGUUACUUGAUCUUCAUGGAAGAUAGCCCUAUAAAAUUUAAGUCUUCAAUGGAUCCUCUUCUACAGGUUAUGGUAGGGCUCGAAGCAACUCCAGAUACUGCUUUUCGCACUGAUUCAGUGAAAUAUGCAUUUAUUGGUUUAAUGAGGGACCUUAGAGGCAUUGCAAUGGCAACAAACAGUCGGAGGACAUAUGGACUUUUGUUUGAUUGGUUAUAUCCUGCGCAUAUGCCGCUGCUCUUAAAGGCCAUUGCUCAUUGGACGGAUGCACCUCAGGUUACUACUCCUCUUCUAAAGUUCAUGGCUGAAUUUGUCUUGAACAAGUCUCAGCGUUUGACUUUUGAUUCAUCGUCUCCUAAUGGCAUACUUCUGUUCAGAGAAGUUAGUAAGUUAAUUGUGGCGUAUGGUUCAAGGAUUUUGUCCCUUCCAAAUAGUUCAGAUAUAUAUGCCAACAAAUAUAAGGGCAUAUGGAUAUCCUUAACUAUCCUUUCAAGAGCUUUGUCCGGGAAUUAUGUUAAUUUUGGAGUUUUCGAAUUAUAUGGUGAUCGGGCACUUGCAGAAGCGCUUGACAUUGCACUUAAGAUGACACUUUCUAUUCCUCUAGUUGAUGUAUUGGCCUUCCGAAAGCUUACCAGAGCUUAUUUUGCAUUUAUGGAGGUUCUAUUCAACAACCAUAUUACUUUUAUCUUAAAUCUGGAUACAAGUACUUUUAUGCAUAUUGUGGGCUCUCUAGAGUCUGGUUUGAAAGGUUUGGAUACCAGUAUCUCAUCACAGUGUGCUAGUGCAGUCGAUAACCUUGCUGCAUUUUACUUCAAUAAUAUCACCAUAGCGGAGUCACCUCCACCACAAGCUGCACUCAAUCUUGCUCGGCAUAUUGUCGAGUGUCCUAAUCUGUUCCCUGAGAUACUUAAGACACUAUUUGAGAUUGUUCUAUUUGAAGAUUGUGGUAACCAGUGGAGCCUUAGCAGGCCAAUGCUGAGCUUGAUUUUGAUCAGUGAACAGGUGUUUAGCGAUUUGAAAGCUCAAAUUCUGGCCUCACAGCCAGUGGAUCAACAGCAACGCCUUGCAGUUUGCUUUGACAAGCUAAUGGCUGAUGUGAAUCGGAGUUUGGAUUCACGAAAUCGUGACAAGUUUACCCAAAAUUUGACUAUCUUCAGACACGACUUUCGCGUCAAGUAACCUAACUAAUCUUUAACAGUGAACUGCUCAUGCAGCCCUGCCUUGGCACAGUUUGUAAAUACCCUACUUAGUUCCCUUCUGUGGCACCUUUCCGGCUUUGAUAUAAGUGGGAAACGCAUGGAUCAAGGCAGUGUAAUUGUAUGAAGCUGUGUUUUGAUUGUUUUUUAUUCUGGUGGAUUGGUGGCUUUGUUGCUUCUAUUGGGUCUGAAGAAUGCUGGACAUGUAACAGGUUCUGUACAGCAAAAUUUUACUAGGUGCUGUAAAUGUGAAGGCACCACCAUCUUAUGUCCUUUACCCAAAUUCCUUAUUCUUUUUGUCAGAAAAAAAUGAUAAAGAAUGUAAAAAUUUGAUUUCCUCACUGGAGAUUCUUUGUAAGAUACAUUUCCUGCUAGUUGGAAAAGCUCAACAAUGUUAGCUCUCAUUUCUAUAUUAUGAAACUCCAUUUUCUUUUAUAAUC